AGGAACAACGAAUUUCUGAACAUGGACCUCUGAUUUUUCCUCUGCUCCUAAUAACCUGAACGAAAUUCAAGUCAAAAGUGCACAUGGAUUAUUAACGUGUUUUAAUAGGUUUUUAUUUGUUCUAAGUGUAUCUUAAUAAUACAAGUAAACGAUCUAUUAAUUAUUGCACAUACAUAAUCAUAUAGGUAAUUGUAAAAGUUGCCAAAAUGGUGUUAUCUUGUCGGUUUUAUAAAGAAAAAUAUCCGGAGGUGGAAGAUGUAGUAAUGGUAAAUGUACUUAGCAUAGCUGAAAUGGGAGCAUAUGUACAUUUAUUAGAAUAUAAUAAUAUUGAGGGUAUGAUUCUUCUUUCUGAAUUGUCUAGAAGACGUAUCAGAUCUAUCAAUAAACUUAUUAGAGUAGGAAAAACAGAACCAGUUGUUGUUAUUCGUGUUGAUAAAGAAAAAGGUUAUAUUGAUCUUAGUAAACGGCGUGUAUCAGCCGAAGACGUGGAAAAAUGUACAAAAAGAUAUGCAAAAGCAAAAGCUGUUAAUUCAAUUUUGGGACAUGUAGCAGAAUUAUUACAUUAUGAUAGUGAUGAUCAGUUGGAAGAAUUAUAUCAAAAAACUGCAUGGCAUUUUGAAGAAAAGUAUAAAAAACAAAAGGCUUCUGCAUAUGAUUUCUUUAAACAAUCAGUUCUGGACCCAUCAAUUUUAGCAGAGUGUGGUCUUGAUGAAGAUACAAAAGAAGUAUUAUUAAAUAAUAUAAAACAAAAAUUAACUUCUCAAGCAGUCAAAAUUAGAGCAGAUGUUGAAGUAGCUUGUUAUGGCUAUGAAGGAAUUGAUGCUGUGAAAGCUGCAUUGAAAGCAGGUUUAGCUCUUUCCACAGAUGAACUCCCCAUUAAAAUUAAUUUAAUUGCACCACCAUUAUAUGUUAUGACAACAUCUACACCAGAAAAACAAGAUGGUUUAAAAGCAUUAAACGAUGCUAUUGAUGUUAUUCAAAAUAAGAUAACAUCACUGGGAGGUGUAUUUAAUGUCCAAAUGGCUCCGAAAGUCGUUACGGCAACUGAUGAAGCAGAAUUAGCAAGACAAAUGGAACGGGCGGAACUUGAAAAUGCUGAAGUUGCGGGUGAUGACGAUGAAGAAGAAGUAAAGGGAAUGGAUGGAUUUAGUGGUGGUGAAGGUGAAGGUGCGGAAGAUGAUAAAAAGCCUGAUGAUUCUGAUUCUGAUAAAGAAGAAUAAACAGAGAAUACAUCGAUCAGUGUUUCAAUAACUGACAGUUAUUUCUGGGUUACAAUCAUACUUGUAUAAGUGUGGUACUGCCUUGCUGGACAUUAUGCAAAACAUUUUAAAUAAAUAUACAAAAGUCACUGUAUUAUAAUUUAUAAAUAAUUUUCUAUUAACUUCGUAAAAUAAACAUAAUAAUAACAUUUA